AAAGAGCACCGUGACACCACCAGGGCGAAACUCAGGAUCAUCGCCAAUGAGCGCACCGACCCACACAUCAAUACCAGCUCCUGCGACCAGCUCGAGCCGGAGGCGGCCGAAUUCGCCCCGUCCCCGAUCGACAUGGUCUGCCCAGUUAUGCCGCCCAGCCACUGGGAUAAUCAGCGCGGCUGCCGGAAGGAGUUUGAGGACGACGGCGGCACAUGCGUCCUCCCGCCGUCCAUCCCCACGUCCACCAUCCACCACGACCGGAGGCGCCGUUCGAAGGACAUCGAGGACGCCCAGGCCCGCGCCCACGCCUUCGCGUACCCUGCCACCGACGACACCGACGAAAACCUCAGAGGGGAGGCCACCCAGGUCGCCAUCAACCUGGACGGCCAGUCCCUUGGCUACGGCACUGUCAUCUUCGACGCCCCCCAGAGGCCAUCAACCAGUUAUGCCGCCUGCCCAGAGCGCGACGUCCACAUCGGCGUCAUGAAGGCCCGCGUAUCCGUCGAUUUCAAGGCCGACAUGGACGACGCCAGCAGCGCAGCUGACGAGUGUGGGCCAGGCGGGUCGCUCGAUGCUCACAGGAAGCGGCGUCGGGGCGCCUCCUUCCCGUACGGGGAUCGGAUCAAGGUCAGCGUCCUGCCAGCCGCCGCCAGCCCGGCAGCUAGCUCGCGCGCGACCAUGCCGCCCAAGCGCGGGGUGUCAC